AUGCUUCAGGUUCCAGUGCGGGAGCACACCAACGUGGCCUCCACCAAGGCCGUGAUCUUGGUCGGAGGCCCGUCUAGAGGAACGCGCUUCAGGCCUCUGUCCCUUGACAUGCCCAAGCCCCUCUUUGAAGUCGCCGGUCAUCCUAUUAUCCACCACUGCCUGAAAGCCCUCGCCAAGAUCCCCGAUAUUCGAGAGGUCAUCCUCGUCGGUUACUACGAUGAAACCGUCUUCCGCGACUUCAUCAAGGACUCCGCCAAGGAGUUCCCUCAGUUCAAGAUGCAAUACUUGCGUGAAUACACGGCUCUGGGCACCGCUGGCGGUCUCUACCACUUCCGCGAUGCCAUCCUGAAGGGCAAGCCCGAGCGCAUUUUCGUCCUCAACGCUGACGUCUGCUGCUCCUUCCCUCUUGGCGAGAUGCUCAAGCUGUUCGAAGAAAAGGAUGCGGAGGCCGUCAUCCUCGGAACAAGAGUCAACAACGAUGCCGCCACCAACUUCGGUUGCAUCGUUUCCGAUUCCCAUACCAGACGGGUGCUGCACUACGUUGAGAAGCCCGAGUCGCACAUCUCCAACCUCAUCAACUGCGGUGUCUAUCUCUUCGCCACCGAGUGCAUCUUCCCCUCCAUCCGCAGUGCUAUCAAGCGCCGUACCACCCGCCCUCGCCUGCUGUCAUACCCUUCGUCCGAGAACCUGGAGUCCUCCUUCAUCGCAGCGGAGGACGAGGCAGAGAAGAGCGAAGUCCUUCGUCUGGAACAGGAUAUCCUCUCCGAUUUGGCUGACAGCAACCGUUUCUUCGUCCACGAGACAAAAGAUUUCUGGCGCCAGAUCAAGACAGCCGGCUCCGCCGUCCCCGCCAACGCCCUUUACCUCCAGAAGGCCUUCCAGGCCGGAUCUGACGAGCUCACCCCUCCUUCUGCUGCCAUCGUGCCCCCAGUCUACAUCCACCCCUCCGCAACGGUGGACCCCACAGCGAAGUUGGGUCCCAACGUUUCCAUUGGACCCCGUGUGGUCGUGGGCGCAGGCGCUCGUAUUAAGGACUCGAUCGUGCUGGAAGACGCCGAGAUCAAGCACGAUGCAUGCGUGAUGCACUCGAUUAUUGGCUGGAGCAGCCGCGUCGGUGCCUGGGCCCGUGUUGAGGGCACCCCGAUCCCCACAGGCAGCCACUCGACCAGCAUUGUCAAGCACGGCAUCAAGGUUCAAAGCAUCACCAUCCUGGGCAAGGAAUGUGCCGUGGGUGACGAGGUACGGGUACAAAACUGUGUGUGCCUGCCAUUUAAGGAAUUGAAGCGCGACGUCGCCAACGAGGUUAUCAUGUAA